AUGAAGGUAAAGACCCCCGCGUGGAUAGCAUCUGUCAUUGAAGCGGCUCAGACGGCGCACUUCUAUAUCAUUGCCCAGCCGGGCCCUCUUGUGUUUGUGUUGAGGGGGCGCGACGAUGAUAGCACAGUGAAGGUCUCGCUGGGAUCUCCCCAUGUCUGUUCAUGCGAAAGCGGCUCCCACGCUAAUUAUUGUAUACAUAUUUCGUUCCUGUUGCAACGGAAGUACCACCUGCCCCCCGAUCACCUGUGGACUGCACAAACAUCCCUUACAAAUGCAGAUAUCGAGUCUCUGCUGCAACUGCGGCAUCUUGCUGCUAAGAAGGUCCAUCGUCCAACGCACCAAACACCAGCAGAAGACCAGCAGGCACAGCAAACCGCGGCUGUUCCGCGGCUCACACGGUCACGGAACCCUAUAACAGAGUUAGACUCCUGUCCCAUUUGUCUAGACGGGUUUAUGGAAAGUGAUGAAGAGGAAAUUAACUAUGCAGUAUUGCCAUUUUGCUCUAACUGCGGCAACUCGCUUCAUUCACGAUGUAUUCAGCUCUUUCAUCAACACGCUCGGCAAACAAAAGCAAAGGAAGUAUGUCCAUACUGCAGAUCUCCAUACGAGGAUGGGCGAAAGUACUAUCCAUCAACAGGGUCUAGCGCUGAAAAGGCUGUGAAGACUGAGAAAUCUUCAAAAGUGUGCUCACGGUGCGAAAUCAAAUUAGAGUCAGCAGGGAUAAAGCGUGUGUUCGGACCCGAGCAAUACUGCUCCGCUUGCUUUAUCACAUUGACCUCCGGGAUGUACAAAAAGAAGAAUAGGCGAAUACUGAUUCGAACUAAGCAUGAAGACCCUAAUGCCGCCAGGGAGCGCUCCCUUGCACUAUACAGGCGCUUUGCGUCCAUGCAAUACCGUGAGAUCACCUCCGAGGAUUAUCAUCUCCUGCUCGAACUUGAAAAUCCAUACACGAUGGAUGUAAGCAAGAAGCCCCAACGAUUUCCUUCCUACCUUGUAUGGGAUUGUUUUAAGCAGAAAGCAUGCAAGGAUAUUGCGCAUGACACAGAAGGCUGUGCCUGUUUCCUUUGUGGGCAUUAUUAUCCUACACUCUCUAAUCUUCUGACAAAAAGAGAUUGUCACCUACCAAGUGUAACAGUAGAGAACAAUGCUAACGAUAAGCCUGCUGUGCGUCUCAACUUCGACUCUAUGGCUACCCUGCUACUUGAGCAAGGGGAGCAGCUCGUUUCCAAUGCUUCCUUGCAGGAGCUAGAAGGAAGAAAUGUGUACCUGGACACUCCAUGCACGCAUGCAGUCCACAAACUAUGCGCGAUACUAGGGUCCCUCUUAUGCAAACCAGAAGCUGUGUUUACCACUUUAGAUAGACAGGAAUCUUGUGAGUUAUCUGAUUAUAAACUUAAAAUGUUUCCAGAUUAUUGUAUCGCAUGCAAAACCCCGUAUCUCAGUGAGUGGGUCAGGGGAUCCAAACUGGCCCCUAAACAGCUGCAAGCGGCCCACCUACCGAAAAACUCUUCUGAAAAACAGGCUGCCCGCAAACUCCAUUUCGAGGAUCAGCUGCCCGGAAUCACUAUUGACAAGGAUACUCUCAGCGUCACAGGCCUUCCCCUCUCCAGUCGCCCAAGUACUGAAAUUUCACGAACCACAUCCCAGAAGAAACCCUCCGAGCCGGCAAGGUCUAGGUCACUUGCAGUCAAGCCGCUAAGGAAAAGUUCCCGCAAUUCUCUAUCAACAAAUGUGCUUGGCGAGCAAUCAUCUUUAUCGAUGUACAAGAGUUCUCUUUGUGAUCCAUUGGCUACAGGCAUGGUUAUUAAACCAGCCACAUAA